AUUUUUCAAUACUUAUUUGGCUCCCCUGAUUGUAACCUUUUUGGAUAUCAAUGGAUCUUCUUUUCGUACAUAUUUGACAUGAAUACAAGUCUAAGAAAAUUUUGGUUGAAAUAUAACAUAUAGGCAAUAUUAAGUCAUUUUUGAAUAAUAUAUAUUAUACAAAGAAAUUUUAAUAUAAUAAAAAUAUUAAACUUGAAAUAAGACUAUUUAAUCUAGUAUAUAUGUAUAGUGAUACAUGAGAAUACCACAUUUUUUACGCAGUGUCCUAAUAGGCAUCCCUGUUGGGAUUACCUUCUUGGACACAGUAGGAUAUGUGGCAAAAGUGGAAGGAAUAUCUAUGCAACCAGCCUUAAAUCCAGAUUUAAAUAAUCCAGAUUAUGUUUUUCUAAAUCGUUGGGCUGUACGUGGUCAUGAUAUUCAACGAGGUGAAAUAGUAUCUGUGAUAUCUCCUAAAGCACCAAGUCAAACAUUAAUUAAACGAGUUGUAGGAGUUGCAGGUGAUAUUUUACAUACACGUGGAUAUAAAGUUGAUUAUCUUCAGGUUCCAGAUGGACAUUGUUGGUUGGAAGGUGAUCACACAGGUCGUUCAAUGGAUUCAAAUACUUUUGGACCAGUUUCCCUUGGUUUAAUUACAGCAAAGGCUACUUGCAUAGUCUGGCCACCUAAUCGUUGGCAAUAUUUAGAAGUUUUUAUACCAAAUCAAUGUACAAUAUUGAAUUCUAGAAGAAGUUAAUAAAAGUGUAAUAUAAAUAUGAGGGCUGUCAGUUUCGUUAAAAGAUUACAGUGGGAAUUACCAGGUACUAUAUGUAGACAUGGACUAACAAUAGGAGAUGUCGAUAAUGAUGGAGA